GAGGCUGCCCUGUUCCCUGCCCGUUCCUGAGCCUCCCCAAGCUCCCUCCCCGUCCUCACCAUGGCCAAAGGAUUCUUCAUUUCCAAGGCCCUGGGCAUCCUGGCCAUUCUCCUGGGUGUGGCGGCCGUGGCCACCAUCAUCGCUCUGUCUGUGGUGUACGCCCAGGAGAAGAAUAAGAAUGCCGAGCGUGGCACCGCGGCCCCUACGAGCCCCACGGGCCCGACAACCACCUCGGCCACCACUGUGGACCAGAGCAAGCCGUGGAACCGAUACCGCCUUCCCACGACCCUCUUGCCCGACUCCUACAGGGUGACGCUGAGGCCCUACCUCACUCCCAACGAGAAUGGCCUGUAUAUCUUCACGGGCUCAAGCGCCGUCCGCUUCAUCUGCAAGGAGUCCACGGACGUCAUUAUCAUCCACAGCAAGAAGCUCAACUACACCUCCCAGAAUGGGCACUUGGUGGUCCUGAAGGGUGUGGGGGAUGCCCAGGCCCCCGAAAUCGACAGGACCGAGCUGGUGUUGAUCACUGAGUACCUGGUGGUGCACCUCAAGAGCUCGCUGGAGGCGGGCAAGAUGUACGAGAUGGAGACCACCUUUCAGGGGGAGCUGGCUGAUGACCUGGCGGGCUUCUACCGCAGCGAGUACAUGGACAACAAUGUCAAAAAGGUGCUGGCCACCACACAGAUGCAGUCCACAGAUGCCCGGAAGUCUUUCCCCUGCUUUGAUGAGCCUGCCAUGAAGGCCACAUUUAACAUCACCAUCAUCCACCCCAAGGAACUCACAGCCCUGUCCAACAUGCCACCCAAAGGUCCUAGUGUCCCGCUUGCGAGAGAGCCCGACUGGAACGUCACUGAAUUCCAAACCACGCCUGUAAUGUCCACGUAUCUCCUGGCCUACAUUGUGAGCGAGUUUACGAGUGUGGAGUCAGUGGAGCCCAGUGGCGUCCAGAUCCGGAUCUGGGCUCGGCCAAAAGCAACUGCAGACAACCAUGGCCUUUAUGCCCUGAAUGUGACAGGUCCCAUCCUGAGCUUCUUUGCCAGUCAUUACAACACAGCCUACCCACUCCCCAAAUCCGACCAGAUUGCCCUGCCCGACUUCAAUGCCGGUGCCAUGGAGAACUGGGGGCUGGUGACCUACCGGGAGAACGCGCUGCUCUAUGACCCUCAGUCUUCCUCCAGCAGCAACAAAGAGCGAGUAGUCACUGUGAUUGCUCAUGAGCUGGCCCACCAGUGGUUUGGGAACCUGGUGACCCUGGCCUGGUGGAAUGACCUGUGGCUGAACGAGGGCUUUGCCUCCUACGUGGAGUACCUGGGAGCUGACUAUGCAGAGCCCACCUGGAAUCUGAAAGACCUCAUUGUGCCGAAUGAUGUGUACCGUGUGAUGGCCGUGGAUGCGCUGGUCACCUCUCACCCACUGACCACCCCUGCUGACGAGGUCAACACCCCUGCCCAGAUCAGCGAGAUGUUUGAUACCAUCUCCUACAGCAAGGGAGCCUCGGUCAUCCGGAUGCUCUCGAAUUUCCUGACUGAGGAUCUGUUCAAGAAGGGCCUGGCGUCCUACUUGCAGACCUUUGAAUAUCAGAACACCACCUACCUGAACCUGUGGGAACACCUGCAGAUGGCUGUGAACGAUCAGUCGUCCAUCGUGCUGCCAGACACCGUGAGUGCCAUCAUGGACCGCUGGACCCUACAGAUGGGCUUCCCUGUCAUCACCGUGGAUACUAACACAGGGACCAUCUCCCAGAACCACUUCCUCCUUGACCCCAACUCCACCGUCACCCGCCCUUCAGAAUUCAACUAUCUGUGGAUUGUUCCCAUCUCAUCCAUCAGAAAUGGCCAGCUGCAAGAACACUACUGGCUUCGGGGCGAAGAGAGAAGCCAGAGUGACCUCUUCAAAACCGCAGCGGAUGAAUGGGUCCUGCUGAACAUCAACGUAACGGGCUAUUACCAGGUGAACUACAAUGAGAACAACUGGAAGAAGAUUCAGAAUCAGCUGAUGUCAAGGCCGGAGGUCAUCCCUGUCAUCAACCGGGCGCAGGUCAUCUAUGACAGCUUCAACCUGGCCAGUGCCCGUAUGAUCCCUGUCACCCUGGCGCUGAACAACACCCUCUUCCUGAACAAUGAGACAGAGUACAUGCCCUGGCAGGCCGCCAUCAGCAGUCUGAACUACUUCAAGCUCAUGUUCGACCGCACGGAGGUCUACGGCCCCAUGCAGGAUUACCUCAGGAAGCAGAUUGAACCCAUCUUCCUACAUUUUGAACAACUCACCAAAAACUGGACUGAGAUCCCGGAAAACCUGAUGGACCAAUACAGCGAGAUUAAUGCCGUCAGCACUGCCUGCUCCAAUGGGUUGUCUAAGUGUGAGGAGCUGGCCAAAACACUUUUCAAACAGUGGAUGAACAACUCUCAAGUUAAUCCGAUCGACCCCAACCUGCGGUCCACCAUCUACUGCAACGCCAUUGCCCAGGGCGGCCAGGAAGAGUGGGACUUUGCCUGGAGUCAGUUACAACAGGCACAGCUGGUUAAUGAAGCUGACAAACUCCGCUCAGCGCUGGCCUGCACCAACCACAUCUGGCUCCUGAACAGGUACCUGAGUUACACCCUGAACCCCGACCUCAUCCGGAAGCAGGACGCCACCUCCACCAUUACCAGCAUUGCCAGCAACGUCAUCGGGCAGUCUCUGGCCUGGGACUUCAUCCGGAGCAACUGGAAGAAACUCUUUGUGGAUUAUGGCGGUGGUUCCUUCUCCUUCUCCAACCUCAUCCAGGGUGUGACCCGAAGAUUCUCCACUGACUUUGAGCUCCAGCAGCUGGAGGAGUUCAAGGAGAACAACAUGGAUGUCGGCUUCGGCUCAGGAACACGGGCUCUGGAGCAAGCCCUGGAGAAGACCAAAGCCAAUAUCAAGUGGGUGAAGGAGAACAAGGAGGUGGUGUUAAAAUGGUUCAGAGACCACAGCUAAACAGUCUCUGGUCCGUACAUUCACCUGGUCCCUAUGUGAGAUGCCCACACGCCUCUGUCCCAGGGACCCACGGCAGGGCCCCUGUUUCUGAAGCCUGAGGCACCAGCGUCCUCCCCUUGGGGACAGAGUCUCUGGCCCAUGUUCACUCCACUCUUCCCAGGGGACCACUCCAGUUUCUGAUGCUCAGACUGUCCAAGUGCCUCCCAGCUCCUGCCCCUCACGCCAAUGGCACCCCAGGCUUGGCAUGGCUCCUGUAGCCCAAGGCUCUGGGUCUGAUCUCAGGGAGUCCAGCUCCAGGGUCAGAUGAGAAGUCCUCAGUGGAUGAUGGAUGGCCUUGAGGGCUGCCCUGUGCCGUCUCCUAUCCUCUCCUAAAGACCCUGGAGCUGAUAAGUCUACAGAGCACCAGAUCUGUAUUAUUUUUUUCUAAGAUAAAAUGUAAAUAAAAGAUUUCUAGAUGA